AAUAAGAAUGAUUGAAAGACAAUAUGAGGCAUUCGAAUCAAAUGUGUUUGGUAUGGUCUAAGGCUAUCACUGUAAUUUCACCCUUGGGAGUUGGGACGCCAUGUCAUCCACAGUGUGCCGUUGACUACAGACUUCCAAAAACCCUGAAAAGGAGGUUUAAGCCAAGCUUGUCAGACCGACCUCCGGCGAUGAGGGUUUUGUGCUCCGGCAUGGAUAACUCUUUGGUGGCGUUGGAGAAAAUGCAGAACCUGCUCGUCGUGGAACUAAUUCGGUCGGACAUUAGCCACCGGUUCGACAUCACCCUCUUUUCGCCAGAGCCGGGCGUCUUCUUCCUCCGUCACCCGCACUCGCAAAUCUAGGGUAAUUGAAAGUAGCACAUCAUCAAGGUCGUUUGGGUUCUGGAGGAUGGAACUUUGUCAUUGUUGGAGGAGCUUGUAGAAGGCUGCUUCUUGUUCAGAUGGCCACAUUGAAGUCUACAAGCUCCUAGAUCCCUUGGAACUAAAGAAUUGGAAACUUCAGGUUAUUAUUUUGUCUAAUUCAAUCUCUUAUGCAUCUCAACUUGUUGAACUUUUUGAGGAUCCUACAUUUAAUACAAGUUUGAAAGAAUCAUAUUCAAAUUCUUGUUUUCCUUCCUUUCACUCGGGGGAGAGAUGGCUGAGUGGACGAAAGCGUCAGAUUGCUAAUCUGUUGUACAAGUUUUUUGCACCGACGGUUCUUGCAAAUCUUUGGUCUUUCCAAUACUGAAGAAAUUUUAUAAGUGGAAAAUUAAGAUUAAUCCUAAUUCUCUUUGGAUGUAAUGGAAUCAAAGAGAUUUUCUUGGCUGUGAAGAUUUUUUUUUAAUAUAUAUUUAUUUUGGUACUUGUUAAGUCCAUUUGAUGUUUGGUAAAGAAGAAGGGGAAAAAAUCACUCCGUUAUAUUAGGUGCAUCUUGCCCGUGUACCAAAAUAAUGAAAAACAAUUUUUAUUGAGAUACAGUGGCAAGCAUUUGGCACUUAUUCAUUUUUUCCUUUUAAUUUUUGUAUUCUUUGCCAGGGAUGCUCUUUCUUUUUGUUUUGAUUAAUCCAGGAUACUCUUUCUUAUAUGCUCAAUUGAAUGCUCUUUUUCUGUCUCUCUUAUUUAAUAUAAUAAACUUUGAAGCCUCAUAGUUUUUCUGUCCAUCAGAUGUGAUGCACCAUGCAUAUAAACAAAAAAAAAAAAAAGCUAUUAUUAUUGGAAAAUAAUGGCAAACAUUGGGCACAUAUUCUCCUUUUUUUUUUUUUUUUCUGGGAUACUUUUUGUUAUAUACUCAAGUUAUCAACUUUGAUGCCCCAAAGUUCUUCAAUCUCAUCUGCACCUAGUGGUCCUUAAGAAAACUCAAGUCGCUUCUGAAAGUUCAACAGCCAAAACGGCCAUGGAAGACACCCAAAAGAAACCACCGCACGUAGCAAUUGUCCCAACUCCAGGAAUGGGCCAUCUUAUCCCACUUGCUGAGUUAGCCAAGCAACUUGUCCUCCACUACAAAUUUUUUGUCACCUUCAUAGUUCCCAGUGAUGGAUCACUCAUGGAACCCCAUAAGAAACUCCUUCAAGCCUUGCCUGAAACUGUAUCCUCCAUCUUUCUUCCCCAUAUAAGUUUCAAUGACCUUCCUGAGGACACUGAGAUGGAGGCACGGAUCAUACUCAGCUUGAUCCGUUCUCUUCCUGCUCUACGAGAGUCGCUGACGGUCCUAAAUGAUUCGACUCGGUUAGUUGCCCUUGUUGUCGAUCUCUUAGGUGUAGAGGCCCUAGGUUUGGCUAAAGAUUUUGAUGUUCUUCCCUACAUUUUCUUUCCUUCAUCAAUGAUGGUUUUGUCAUCGAUCUUUUAUCUUCCAGUGCUCGAUGAAACUACCUCUUGUGAGUAUAGGGAUUUGCCUGAGCCAAUCAAGUUGCCUGGGUGUGUGCCUAUCCAGGGUAGUGAUCUUGUAGAUGCACUUCAAGAUAGGAAGAAGGAGGCAUAUAAAUUGAUUAUUCACAAUACAAAGGCAUAUAAUAUGGCUGCUGGGAUCAUGGUUAAUAGUUUUGUGGAUUUAGAACCAGGUGCUUUCAAGGCUUUGGAAGAAGGAGUUCAAGGCAAUCCACCUGUUUUCCCUGUUGGACCUCUCAUACGUACCGAUUCAGAGGUUGACGGGUCUGAGUGCUUGAGCUGGUUGGAUAGGCAGCCAGAAGGAUCAGUCUUGUUUAUUUCUUUUGGUAGUGGAGGAACUCUCUCGCAGGAGCAGUUGGACGAGUUGGCUUUAGGAUUGGAAAUGAGCGGGCAGAGAUUUCUAUGGGUAGUUCGGAGCCCAAAGAAAGCUGCAAAUGCAAAUUACUUUGAUGUCCAGAGCAUGAAUGACGACCCCUUUGAUUUUCUACCGAAAGGGUUCUUGGAAAGGACCAAGGAGGUGGGAGUGGUGGUGCAGUCUUGGGCUCCUCAGGUCCGAGUACUGAACCAUGGCUCGACCGGUGGGUUUAUUUCUCACUGUGGUUGGAAUUCUGUGCUGGAGAGUAUUGUUCAUGGCGUGCCUUUGAUUGCUUGGCCACUUUAUGCAGAGCAAAAGAUGAAUGCCGUGUUGUUGGCGGAUGAUCUGAAGGUUGCUUUGAGGGUGAAAUUGAAUGAUAAAGGCCUGGUUGGGAGCGAAGAUGUUGCAGAGUAUGCAAAGGGAUUGAUUGAGGGAGAAGAAGGGAAAAUGCUCAGGAAUAGGAUGAAAGAUCUCAAGGAAGCAGCUUCAGUGGCUUUGACCAAAGAAGGGUCUUCUACAAAAUCACUUGCAGAGGUCGUUCAGAUUUGGAAUACCCACAAAAAUUAACCCAUUCUUUCUCUCAUUGUUAUUCUCUGAAUCCAC